ACAAACAAAAUUCAGUUGAAAUUUCAAUCGGUUGGCAUGUGGUGGUCGGUGCUGUUCUGGAUCGGCCAAGUGGCGUCAGCCACCAAGUGGUACAGCGGGGGUGCAGACUUCAAUAGUCCCUCCGCCUGGUUGGAUGACUACAUGCCCUGUCCCGAGGAUUUGGUGGUGUUUCCCGCGUACUUUCCGGCUGUUCUUCCACUGCCAGAGGACAUCUCCAUUGAUGGUUUGGUUUUGCCCAGGGAUGGGGCCAUUCUGAUUGCUGAGGAGUCCACCAUAACCUUUGGCGCUCCCAGGACCUCCAAGUGUGACAGUGAUGAGAAGAAGGCCCAUCUGAAGGCGCCCAAAUCAAGUAAAUGGUUUGAUCCACUGACCUGGAAGUGGGCGGACAUCUCUAAGAGUGCAUCCUCCCCCGUUCCGGAGCUGGAGCGGGUGCCGUGCGACGAUGAGCAGGUUAUUGUCAAGGGUCAUGCUGCAAUCGCCUUCGAUCUGGAGAAUGUGCAGCACCUACGGUUGGGGCAACUGAUCCUGGCUGGCUCCUCCAUCUCCAAGCUAUACCUGGAGCAGCUCUUGGCCCGAGAUCUGGGCAGGUUCCUCUUCCACAACUCUCGGGACGUUCAGGUGGAGUACUAUCGCGGUGAGUUGUGUGGCUGCCACAAGGACUUUGAUCGCCUCAUCGAGCCCGUCUGCCACAAUGUCCAGGAGCAGUGCGAAGCGCCGCAUUGCCUGUCGCCAGUGCGUCCCUUUGGCUCCUGUUGCCUCAUCUGCGGCGCUGUCCUCACGAUGCCCCGCCAGCACUGCUCCGAGGAGGAUCGCAGGACCCUGCAAACGCAACUCAAUUCACUGAUAGCCCAGCGGGAUCUGGCGGAUGAGAUUCAGCUGCAUGUGGAUCAUGUGAGCUCCGAGCAGUAUGGCAGCUUCCUGCAGGCCAUCGUCACCGAUCGGGGUGGCUAUAGCGAACGGAGCGUCGAGUUGAUGCAGUACCUGGCCGAGCAUCGCAAUCGUAGCAGCUUUCUGGCCAAGCAGCUGGGAGUGGAGCUGAAGUUCUCCGGUCGUCCUCACAAUCCGAAUGUAACCUUUGCCUCGAUUCUCCUGAUACUCUUCUGCAUGGCUCUGGUGGGCGUCGUUAGUGUCAUCAUUUUGGCCCACUUUAUGCCCGAGAAUCCCUACCUCAAACGCAUUCCCCAAUGGAUUCACGAUCCCCGUCGAUGGCGUUGGCGGUGGCAUAACUUGGGUGUCAGGCUGCGCCGUAAUCCGCUGUUCAAUCGUUUUGAGAAUGCCUCAGCUGCUGGCGGACCGAGUGAUGAGGCUGUCGGUGCUGGCGCUGGUGUCGAUCGUGUCACUGUGAUGGGCUACGAUCCCGCCAGCGAUGAGGUGAGGGAGAGGUCCUUUGACAAUCCCAUGUUCGAGCAGGGAGCGGCAGUAGAAGCAGCUGUGGAUACUGCCAAACGAUGCCAGGAUCAGCCAGAUUUGAUGGUUGCUCCUCCUGCCAUGGAGACCGGUGACCUGGACAGCUGUAGUGGUAGUGUGGAGGAGCAGGAGCUAACCGAAAUCAAUUUGGAGUCUUCCGAGGGCGAAACCGAUGAGGAGGCGCAAAUAUAGCAUUACUUUAUUUUUAUUUAUUUAAGCACCUCAAAUCAAUUAUCAGAGACCAAUCGAUAAAUUACAACAGCAAAAAGUCCUGACGACA